AUGGGUGUGGAGCCAUGUUUGUUUGCUGGGGAUUUCAAUGUAAUUCGGUCGGAUAUUGAGAGAUGUGGUGGGCGUCCGAGGAAUAGAGUUGCAAUUGAUGAGUUUAAUAGAUGGAUUCAUCAGGGUGGGUUGUUGGAAAUGAAUUCACAAGGUGGUAAGUUUACAUGGUGUAAUGGUCAGCAAGGAUUAUCUAGAGCUUUGGCAAAGCUGGAUAGAGUUUUAAUUGAUGCAAAUUUUCUAUCUCUUUUUCCGACUGCUCAUUGUUUGUAUCUUCCUAGGACUACAUCGGACCAUUGUCCUAUGGUAAUAGAAUUUUUAAGUGAUCCUUUCUCUUAUGGUCCACCUCCAUUUCGUUUUCAGCAAAUGUGGGUUGAGCAUCCGGAUUUUAUGACUCUUGUUCAAAAGGUUUGGUCUGAAUCGGUUAUAGGUUCGGGGCUGUUUAAAUUAGCUACUAAACUUAAAAAACUUAAGGUGGCGUUGCGUGUAUGGAACAAGAGUGUAUUUGGGAGAACUAAUACUCAGAUUGCUAUUCUUGAAGAUAAGAUUGAGAAUCUGGAAAAUUUGUUGCAGAGAGGUUGGGAUGAUGAUAUUGAAAGGGAAUUAGUAAGGAGUUCUAAUGAGUUGUCUUCUUGGAGGCUUAGGGAGGAUAUUAGAUUGGCACAAAUGGCUAAAAUUAAGUGGAGAAUGGAUGGUGAUAGGAAUACAAAAUUUUUUCAUGUGUGGUUAUCUAAUAAAAAGCAUAGGAAAAUUCAUCAGUUAAGAACCUCGAAUGGGUUGGCGUUUAAUUCUCCGGAAGCAAUUCAUCUUGGAGCUGUUGAUUAUUUUUCUGAUUUUCUUCAAAGAUCUAAUCCGGUUAGGGAGGUGCCUGAUUUAUCUAGUUUAAUUUCGUCGGUUAUUAAUGAUGAGGAUUGUGUCCGGCUUUGUGGGAUCCCUUCGUUGGUUGAAGUGAAAGAGGCUCUAUCAACUAUUCAUAUUAAUAGUUCUCCGGGUCCAAAUGGUUUUGGCACGGAUGGGAGUAGUCUGGGUAAUCCUGGUUGUUCAGGGGUGGGCGGUAUCAUUAGGAAUGAUCGUGGUCUUAUGGUUUAUGCUUUUAAUUCUUCUAUUGGUAUCGGUACAAGUAAUAGAGCGGAGUUGUUAGCUAUUCUUCAGGGGCUCAAAGCAUGUAAGGAUUUGGGGAUUAAUUUUGUGGAAAUUGAAUUAGAUUCGCAAGUGGCGAUUUCGUGGUGGCAUAGGAGAAGGUUCCACAACUGGUCACGCUACUGUAAGGUGAGGCUCACUUCUUCAAUUCUGGCUGUCUCAGUAGUGUAG